AUGGGCGCAGGCUUGGUAUCCGCCUGUCUUCCGGUCUCAUACGUCCUUCUGGUUCAUUUGUUCGAUCGCGACGGUACCGAUCGAAAUGACUCGAUUUCGAUCAAAAGAAGAUUCAAAGGAGCUCUACUCAGCAACGUCUUCUCCAUCGCCGUCACCGCGUAUUAUCUGCUAGAAUACACCACGACACCGUUCCACGAGAUGGGUCUCCGACUGGAUCACUGGAAGGAAGCAUUGAUUUAUCCGUUCAUUCUGAUGAACGCCUUCUAUUUGGGACAAUUCGUCAUGAUGCACAUCGAUAAGACGUUGUGGCACUAUUUUGAUUACUACGAAUGGAAGAUGUGCUUCAACAAUUGGGUGUGGCGACGAGACAUUGUUGUAGGUCCAAUAACCGAAGAAAUUGUGUUCCGCGCGUGCUCCUCCACUCUGAUGGCUCAUGUGUGCGGACCGUCGGUGACGUGCCUUCUGAAUCCCAUUCCGUUCGCCGCCUCCCAUUUUCAUCACAUUUGGGACGAUCAACGACGCGGACACUCGUUGGCUCACUCGAUUCUGCAGAGAGGAUUCCAAUUCUGCUACACAUAUCUCUUCGGUGUGUUCGCCACGUAUCUCCAACUGACGACACGACACGCGUUGGUGCCCAUCGUCGCACACGCCAUCUGUAAUGCACAAGGACUGCCGUUGUGGCUGGAAAUUGCCAACUACCCGAAACGGCGCGACCGCCUCACUCUCUACAGUGCAUAUUCUGCUGGAUUUUCCGUCUUUGUCUACCUGCUCUACACGAAACACGGAAUGCCGGCUCGAUAA